AGGAACCUCCAGUGUGUGAUUAAAGUAAAAUUUACAGAGCAGGAGAUAAAAACAUUUAAAGUAAGUUAACAUCUGGUUACAUUAAACUAUUUUGUUCAUGGAGGCUGUGUGAGUCACUCCAUGGCUAGGCCUGCAUAAACAGAAACAUAUUGAGCAGAAUUAAGACAAUUGGGACAUGAUGUAUACACCAACACUGCUUCUCUAAGCUAAAGUUGUUUUUAAGCUUACAGAAUUAACAUAUCUCCACUACCUCUGUUAAUUGAGAAAAGAAGUGGAGCUUGCCUUAAACUCAGCCGUUUGUCAAGAUUGUCAAGCAUAGGUAAAAUAGAGACCAGCGAGCUGCAGGAUGUAAGCUAAGCAAAUCUUACAUUAACUCUCGCAAGAGGGGGCAGACACUUACAUAGAGGAACUCUAUAACUUUAGGAAUACAUUUUUGCAUCCCUAACGCUAUAGUUUUUCUUUAGGCUCAAUCUGUUUUCAUGAUUAAAGUUUCCCUUUAAAACAAACUGUCUCUUCUCUGAUAGUGACAGGUCUCAUUUCCUUGUCCCCUUAAGGGGACACUGUAGUCACCAGAACAACUACAGCUUAUUGUAUUUGUUCUGGUGAGUAGAAUCAUUACCUUCAGGCUUUUUGCUGUAAACACUGUCUUUUCAGAGAAAAUGCAGUGUUUACAUUACAGCCUAGUGAUAACUUCACUGGCCUCUCCUCAGAUAGCUGUUAGAGAUCCUUCCUGGGUCAUGGCUGCCUAAAAUGCAUCCAAACAUUCAUUAUCUCCUGCCUCUGCAUGCAGACACUGAACUUUCCUCAUAGAGAUUCAUUGAUUCAAUUCAUCUCUAUGAGGAGAUGAUGAUUGGCCGGGGAUGUGUUUGAAUUGUGCUGGCUCUGCCCUGAUCUGCCUCUUUGUCAGUCUCAGCCAAUUCUAUGGGGAAGCAUUGUGAUUGGAUCAGGCUAUCACUACUGAUGAUGUCAGCAGGCAGUGGGCAGGUCAAAAGGAAACAGUGACAAAGCAUGCAGCUGCAGACUUGAAUACAAGUAAGAUUUUACUAUGUUUAGGGAGGCAUGAGGAGACCAGGGUGACUAGAUGGUGGUUUUAACCCUACAGGAUCAGGAAUACAUGUAUGUGUUCCUGACCAUAUAGUGCUCCUUUAAAUACUACUGAAGUGACGUGUGAGUGAAAUACACAGCUCUGCAGUAGUGAUGUCCCGAACGGUUCGCCGUGGACUCCAGUCAGCAGACACAUUCCAGCCAAUCAGCAGCAGACCCUCCCUCCCAGGCCCUCCCACCUCCUGGACAGCAUCCAUUUUGAAGCUGCAUUCUUAGUGAGCUGUCCAGGAGGUGGGAGGGGUUAAAUUAAUUUACAUGGACAACAAGGUGUACAAGGUAAAUGAAAUCAUAAAACCAGUACAGAUGAAGGAAAAACAAAAUAAUAUCACAACCCACGGCUAAUUUUCAGUUGUUGGUUUGUGCAAAAUUUGCGGAUGUGAUGAAAGGUUUCUUUCCAUAUUUAACAUCUUGCUGUGUUUGUAUUAUAGAAAACUGCUUGCAAAGAUCACAGAGAUAUAAAAUGCCCAAUAAAGCACAAGAGGUACGCAAUCCAUUUCCUAUUAAUUAUGAAAUAUAUAAUUACUUAUGUGAUUGGAGAAAGUAAAUGUUCCCUACUGCUUGCUCCUUAUAUAAGGACAGGUGUUUUGUUUUUUUAUACAGCAUGUGAAUAAGCAGCCGUGUUAGACUAUAUUGUUAUCAAUACCGUGCACACAUAACAUGUUACAGUCUCAUUUUAUUUAUUUUUUUACGGUUGCCUUCCUGUGACGAUAUGCAGAAUUUUAUACUGAAUUAUAAAGCUAGAAUGGGUUGGAUAAGAAUUUCCGAUAGAUAUUUAGAGCCAGCAUGUUUUGUAAUAAUACAACCAAGCAUUGGACAUAGUUAAAUUGGUUAAAUAAUGUCAACAAACUUCAGCCUUUUUAGGUCUAUAAUUGUGAUAUUCAGACCCCUUUUAAUAUAUUCGCACAAUAAAGUUGCUUUUCUAUCAAACUACUACUCAUUUUAACGGAUUGAUACACUUGUUAGGUGGGCACAAUAUUUUACCAAGAAUAUCUGAUAGUUUCCUCACUACACGCUAAACUCACAAGGUUUACAAUUGUGAUGGGGUUGGAGUGGCACGGAGUGGGCAUCAUCAGUGAUGUGACCCAUGUCACCAGCAAUGCCCAUAAUGGGCGUGCCGGCCCACUGGAAGGUUGUAUGGCCAGGCACAAGCCUCAAGCCUUCAGGGCUAUGCAGGGAGCACUGCUGAGGCAUUCCAUGCAUGGUCUGGAGCUGCCCAGGGACAAUUUUCUGGUGUCCACAGAUGCAGUGAACUGAAGUGGGCUGCCAAAAGUGUAUAGUGCUGGUGAAUAGUUGUUCCUGACUCCCUAAAGUGAAUUCUGUGCAAAAAUGAUGUCUGUCAUCUUCACACUAGCAAUGGACAUAGUCUGUUUCCUUUCUUGCAGGCAGUGCUGUGUCUGCAGGUACUGUGUACUGCAAACCGUUGAGACAGGUUCCUGUGGGGGGGAGUGGGGUGCUGCCUGGGGUGUUAUAUUCAUCUGAUGGUUUCUUGUGAUGUUGUGUGUGUGGAGUAGGUUACCAGUGGUGAUGCAUGUGUAUGGGCAAGCUGCUUGUGGAAAUGAGGAUGUAGGGGAACACUGCUUGCAGGCUUUGCAUGUGGAGGGGAUGCAGCUUGUGUGUUUUCAUGGGGACGGAUGCUGCUUGUUGGAUUGCGUGUGUGUGGAUGAGGCUGUUUUGCAGUGUAAUGUAUAUGGAGGAGACUGUUUGGUGUGGUGUGUACGUUUAUGGGCUCUAUUGUGUGUUGUGGGAUAGUGGAGCUAGUGUGCUGGUAGAUAGGGGCUGUAGUGGGUGCACAGUGGGAUAGAACCUGUAGUGUAGGGGCUAUAAUUGUGGUAUUGGGGAAAGAGGCUGUAGUGUGUGGGGGCAGAUAGGGUGUGGGGGGAGAUAGGGACUGUAGUGUAGGUCUGUGUGGGGGUGGCUGUAAAGUGGGUUAAGGGGGAAUUAUGUUGGAUGUGGGGAAAGGGACUGCAGUGUAUGUUUGUGGGGGGAUGGAGCUGUAAUGUGGGUUGGGGGGGGGAGUACUGUCGUGUGUGGAAAGAGAGGGUCUGGAGUAUGAAGUGGGAUGGGGCUGUAAUGUGGGUUCUGGGGUAAAGGGGCUGUAGUUUGUGGGGUAGGCGCAAUAGUGUGUGAGGGAGAAAUAGGGCUGAAGUUAUAAUUAUGCAAAAUACCACUUAACAUUAUUUUUUUUUAAAAUACAAAAUACUAUACUUCUUCCUUCACCAUGGACCUUGGAGGUGUGAAUCCUCUUCUCUUGUGGCCCAAUGGUAAAAGCAUUUGGACUAAAUGUCCGCUGUGUUCAACCACAUUCAUAGGGCUGGUGCUGGGAAAAGUAUCAGUAUGCAUUUUUUAUUGGAGAUAUAUCUAAAACCAGUUUGCAAAACUUGUUUGUCUGAGGCCUUUAAAAUCCCCCCUUUAUUAAUCUAGACUUUCUGUGACUGUCCAAACCCAGGCUUCCCAAUGCAGCUCAAUUAGUAGUCUUUGCAAGGCAGGUUACAUCCAGUCCUGUUACUUCCUGGUUGAUUAGCUUGGUGGAGCUAAACUGAAGAUACUGCAUUUGCUCACAGAAGAUGUCUUACAAACACUUCUCAUUGAGCUGCAUUGGGAAGUCUGUGACUGGCUGGAGAAGAAAGUGGGUGCAUGCAAAAGCUGCAGACAACAGAUCUGCAGCUCUCAUUUUGAAAUAUACCCCAAAUGAAAAAAAUAUUAAUUAAAUGCAUGCAUGUUUUCUUUAGAUGUUUAUAUACAAAACAGUGGGUUUAAAGAAAAAAUAUUUAUUUUUAACAUGGGCAGUGAAGUGUCCCUUUAAGAUAUUAAGAGCGUACUUCAUGCACUAUCCUUAAGUCAUAAACAGAGCUGUACUGUGUGUCAGUGUGCAUUUGUGUUGUUUACAAGCUUUUUAACAUCUGUUAUUUUGUAUACAUAAGGAUGCUGUGAUUAACCUGAAAUCUGUCAAAGAGCUGGGCAGCAAAUUAGGUUUUGAGUGGACAAUAGUUGCUAGUGAACUUGGAUUCAGCCGUCCAGAAACCACCCGGUUCCACACUGCGUCCGUGGAGAAGAAGGUGCAAGCUCAGAAAAUGCUGGAAUGUUGGUAAUUACAAUGUGAAUGUUAUCACUGGUUUACAGACUGCAGUAGGAGCACAGCUUACAGCCAGAGAUAAGAACUGUCUGGCUGACUAGCUCUGCUAAUUUUCAUACAGAACAGGGCUUAAAGAAUUUCUCAUUUGUACAUCAAACAGCAUUUACCCAUUACCAAACUGCACACAUGCAACACUUGAAUAAUCACAUGUGUAGAUGUAUACAUUAAUUAAUGUCUGCAAUUAAUUCAAGAAUAGAAAAAAAUAAAAAAAAAUGUCUAAUUGCCUAAAUAUUUAAUUGAGUAUAAACGUCAGGUUUAGGUUGUAGUUAUAGAAACUCAUAAAACAGCGGUAAAUGCAUUAUUAAAAAUAAAAUAAAAAAACUCUUAAACACUCAAAUAAAUAUUGUGAUUGUUUACCUCUAGGCUUUCUUCCUUUGUAUUUAGUGUUUUACACAAAAUUGUCGAGUCCCAUAUUAAAGUCACUAGUUAACAUUGAGGAGAGAAAAAAUAAAUAAAUAAGGUGCAAAUAGCUCAAAUAGCUUGCCCUUCGGUGGUUCCCUGCUCAGAUCUCAAGCUGUUUUUAGCUCAUCCUGUGCCAUUACAAAAAGAACCAGGGCCAAAUGCAGAUACAGCAACCACAGACUAUCGUUUCAGCCUUGUUAGGCCUCGUCAGUUAGGUAUAGCAGAUACCCCUCUAGGCACUGUGAGAAUUAACAUUCUACCACAAUUUGAAGUUAUUGCUGUCACACAACAGACAAAAGAAGGAGGACAAUUGUGUGAAACAGGGAGACAGAAGGGUGGGACAGGUGGUUGAAGAGGGUAACAAGUAAGGGAUGGAGAAGAGGGGAGGAAAAUGUGAGUGAUGGGGAUAAAUAAGAGGGGUACAAGUGAGGGACAGGGAUAAAGAAAAGGGGUUCAAGUGAGUGACAGGGAUAAAUAAGAGGUACAAGUAAGGGAUGGGAAUAAAUAAAAAGGAUAAAAGUCAGGGAUUGGGAUAAAGAAGAGGGGUACAAGUGAGGGAACGGGAUAAAGAAGAAGGGUACAAGUGAGUGAUAAAGAAAUGGGGAAUGGGAAGAGAGGAACAACUGAAGAAAAGAGGUUAUGGGGAGAGAGGUAUAAUUGGGAAAGGGGGAGAGAAACACAUGUUGGGGAGAGAUAAAUGAAUAGAGGGGCAUAGGGAGAUAAAGAGGGGCAGAUGGAAACAGUGCACAACCUAUACAUGCAUACUAAAUACACAAAUAUGCUCCUUCAUGCACACACUGGCACACUUUAAAUACACACCACUAGAUUCACACACUAGGACUCUACACAAAUAUGCCUGUCAUUCACAUGCACUCACUAACACUCCACACAACUAUGCUCGCACAUACACAUUACCAUUCAGCCUCCCAACCAUACUCCGAACCAAUCAUAUUCCCCAAUCCACUCAGAUAGUCCCAUCUUACCUCCCAGUCAAAUCACAGCCUGUCACAUUCAUACACUUGGCCACAUAACAUGUCACCUACCCUCAUCCACCUUGCAGUUAUCAUAAUUACCAUACAGUCAUACCUCAAACUAGUCGCAUCAAUCAAUCCAAUCAUGUACUCCAAACUAGUCACAUUCAUCCAUCCAAUCACAUACACCAAGCUUCAUAUAUGUGAUGACCGGGGGACAUUGAGGAAACUAGCCUUGGGGCAGCCAAUAUGGUAAAUCCAGCUCUGCCAAUAUAGGACCAUUAACUGCAUUAUUUGCAUUAUUAUAGGUAUGAAAAAUCGUGGCAUAAACUGAAUAAAACAAAAAUCCUGCAAGAUGCUCUAGAACGUGCAGGGAGGAAGGAUCUGGCUGACAAGCUUCGAUGUCUGCACUGGGGGCACCAAAAGUUGAGCAGCAGGGUGGAACUGCCUUCAGCAUUCCCCUUUCUCAUUACCGUCCACAAAACAAUCAACAACAAAGAGGGUCUAAAGAAAAUCAAUGAACUAAGUCGCAAGUACACUUAAGCCACAGAGUAAUCUGAGCAAAUACAUUUAAAUCCUCUACGUAUCAUUCGGAAAUACCAAAUGUAAAAACGAAGCUUGGCCCUUAAUCAAUCUUCAUUUAGCAAAGUUUAACAAGCUUUUAGAGCCCAACAUGUACAUAUUGAACAAGAGUAAGAUAAUAUUUGAUGUAGCAAUUAUUUUCUACUUUAUGUAACUACUGACCACUUCGUACUGAUAUAUAUAUUUUUUCAAAACAGUAAAAAGUAUUCUUAUCCUUUGGCAUUGGGAAGUCUUCUGAUACACUAUGAUGGUAAAAAUAAUUACACGCAGCGAUCAAAUGACAAAGACACAUGACACUUCCUCUAUAUAAAUAACAGUUUGUAUGAAGAGGGAACAUUAUCAGACUUAUUGGUGCAUAUUUUGAUAUUGCUGCAUGAUCACAAGUACCUUUCUGUUUUUCUGAG